UUUUUUUUUUUUUGAACUUUAACUUUAUUUAUAAAUAAUUUUUUGUUAUGAGAUAAAAUUAAGCAGAAACGACUCCAUCUAUAUGGGGUGGUUAGUUAGAUAUUAGUUGGUGGCCUUUCCAUUCAUCUAAUGCACCAAACAUAACCCCAUAUCAACUCCACCCUCAUCCAUCUUCUCCGGAAUCACCAACGCCGGACUUCUCCUCAAUUCCGAUGGAACCCACCAUCAAAAUCGUCAGAAAAUCUAUUCAUACAUUCCUCCACCACUACAAUUACUUCACGACUGCUGCCAUUUUAGCCCUCCCGUUUUCUGUUUCCAUUCUCAUCUCCUCCACCCUCCUCCCUCAUUCCCUCACCGUUCAUUCCCGUCUCCGGUCACUUUUCAACGACGCCGGAUUUCCUCAACAAUCGGAAUUCUUCUCCAUUCUCAACCUCAAACUAUCCCAAACCAUCACAUCAUCAAUCUUAGUCCUACCCUUUACCCUCUCUUUCCUCCUCAUCGCAAAAGCAUCCGUAAUCCAAUCCUUCAACACCCACCGGAAACCACCACCAUCCUUCUCCGGCAUCUUCAGUUCCAUCCUCCUAACACAGAUAUGGAACACCUUGGUUAUGGUCUCCGCAAAUGCUACUUGUUUUUGGGUUCUUUUCAUUGCUUUCAACUGUUUGGAAAACCUCCGUAUCCCCUCACUGUUCUUCACCGUCGCCGGAGGAAUCGUGUAUUCCAUCAUCAUAGCCAAUGCCUUGAUCGUAUGCAACCUGGCGUUAAUCCUCUCAGGAAUGGAACUGAGUGGCGGAUUCAUUUCCAUUCUCAAAGCGUGUGUCAUGAUCAGAGGAAGAACUUCAAUCGCUCUAUCAUUAGCGCUGCCGAUAAACAUGGCGUUGGCCGGAAUCGAAGCUCUUUUUCAGUUCCGGGUAGUGAAAGCUUAUUCCGAUUCCGGGAUGAACAGACCCAGUUCAAGCAUGGUAUUAGAGGGAUUAUUCAUUGGUUAUUUGUACUCCAUUCUCAUCAUAAUUGAUGCCAUAAGUGGGUGUGUGUUCUUCAGAAGCUGCAAAAUAGCGUAUGAUGAGAACAUUAUUGAUCAAGAAGCAGGUAGGAUCGAAGAAGACGAAAGAGGUGAUUUUGCAUCGGCAAAGUGUUGAGAAAAGAAGUUUCUUGAAUUAUCUUUUCUUUUUCUUUUUCUUUUUGUGAUUGGAAAUUUUUUUGUUUUCUUUUCGAUUGAAUCACAGGCUGGGAAUGAGUUCAUAAUUCUCAAAUGUGGAUUAGAUUCAUGCAGUCAAUAUUAGUUUAAGAUAAUUGAAUAUAAAACAAUGUACAACUCUUAUAUAGUUAUAUUCAAUGAAAUAUAAGUCAUGAUUUA